UCCCCAGCCGGCUCAGGCUCGUCCUCCCGGAGGAGGUGGAUAGUGGAAGAGGAGGAGGAGGAGGAGAAGGCGCCUAGGAGACCGGCUGGCCGGGAGAGGGCCUCCCACCUUCGCCUCCGAGCCUUCCCCCAGGGCCGGCCGGCAUCAUGUCGGCGGCACAGGUGUCCUCGUCCCGGAGACAGUCUUGCUACCUGUGCGACCUGCCCCGCAUGCCCUGGGCCAUGAUCUGGGACUUCUCGGAGCCCGUGUGCCGAGGCUGCGUCAACUACGAAGGCGCCGAUCGCAUCGAGUUCGUGAUCGAGACGGCGCGCCAGCUCAAGCGGGCCCACGGCUGCUUCCAGGACGGACGCUCCCCCGGCCCGCCGCCGCCCGUCGGGGUCAAGACGGUGGCCCUGUCUGCUAAGGAGGCGGCGGCGGCUGCAGCGGCGGCGGCGGCGGCGGCGGCCACUGCCCAGCAACAACAGCAGCAGCAGCAGCAGCAGCAGCAGCAGCAGCAGCUCAACCACGUUGAUGGCUCCAGCAAGCCGGCCGUGCUGGCCGCCGCCUCCGGCCUGGAGCGCUACGGCCUGAGCGCCGCUGCCGCCGCCGCCGCUGCAGCAGCCGCGGCCGUGGAGCAACGCAGCCGCUUCGAGUACCCGCCUCCACCUCCGGUGAGCCUGGGCGGCGGCGGCGGCAGCGGCCACACCGCCCGGCUGCCCAACGGCCUGGGAGGCCCCAACGGCUUCCCCAGCAAGCCGACCCCCGAGGAGGGGCCUCCGGAGCUGAACCGCCAGAGCCCCAACUCGUCCUCGGCGGCGGCCGCCGCGUCCGUGGCAACCCGGCGCGGGACGCACGGGGGGCUGGUGGCCGGGCUGCCCACCCCCGGCGGUGCCAGCUCCCAGCUCGCCGUGCCUCCCAACUUGCUGCCGCAGACGCUGCUCAACGGCCCGGCCAGCGCCGCCGUGUUGCCCCCGCCGCCGCCGCACGGGCUGGGCAGCCGGGGACCCCCGACGCCGGCACCCCCGGGCGCCCCAGGAGGCCCCGGCGCUUGCCUCGGGGUGGUGCCCCCGGGGGGCGGCGGCGUCUCGGCCGCAGCCUCUUCCGCAGCGGCCUCCUCGUCCACUUCGUCCUCGUCCUCGUCGUCUUCCUCCGAGGCGGCGGUGGGCGUGGGCACCGGGGGCAAGAGGCCCGGCUCCGUGUCCAGCACGGAUCAGGAGCGCGAGCUGAAGGAGAAGCAGCGCAACGCCGAGGCCCUGGCCGAGCUGAGCGAGAGCCUUCGGAACCGCGCCGAGGAGUGGGCCAACAAGCCCAAGAUGGUCCGCGACACGCUGCUCACCCUGGCCGGCUGCACGCCCUACGAGGUGCGCUUCAAGAAGGACCACUCGCUGCUGGGCCGCGUCUUCGCCUUCGACGCCGUGUCCAAGCCCGGCCUGGACUACGAGCUCAAGCUGUUCAUCGAGUACCCGACGGGCUCGGGCAACGUGUACUCGAGCGCCUCCGGCGUGGCCAAGCAGAUGUACCAAGAUUGCAUGAAAGACUUCGGCCGGGGCCUGUCGUCCGGCUUCAAGUACUUGGAGUACGAAAAGAAGCACGGCUCUGGGGAUUGGCGCCUGCUGGGAGACCUGCUGCCCGAAGCCGUGCGCUUCUUCAAAGAGGGGGUGCCCGGCGCGGACAUGCUGCCCCAGCCCUACCUGGAUGCCAGCUGCCCCAUGCUGCCCACGGCGCUGGUGAGUCUCAGCCGCGCCCCCAGCGCGCCCCCGGGGACCGGGGCGCUGCCCUCGGCCGCCACCACCGCCCCGUCCGGCCGGGCCGCGGCUGCCAGCCUGCGCAAGAGGAAGGCCUCCCCCGAGCCCCCCGACUCGGCCGACGGGGCCCUCAAGCUGGGCGAGGAGCAGCAGCAGAGGCAGCAGUGGAUGGCCAACCAGAGCGAGGCCCUGAAGCUCACCAUGUCGGCGGGGGGCUUCGCCACGCCGGGCCACGCGACCGGGGGCCCGCCCCCGCCCCCCCUGGGCCCCCACUCCAACCGGACCACCCCACCCGAGACCGCCCCCCAGAACGGGCCGUCCCCCAUGGCCGCGCUCAUGUCCGUGGCGGACACGCUGGGCACGGCGCACUCGCCCAAGGACGGCAGCUCCGUGCACUCCACCACCGCCUCGGCGCGGAGGAACAGCGGCAGCCCCGUGUCUCCCGCCUCCGUGCCCGGGCAGCGGCGCCUGGCCUCGCGGAACGGGGACCUGAACUUGCAGGUGGCGCCGCCGCCGCCUCCUCCGCCACCGCCCAGCUCCCACCCGGGCAUGGACCAAGUGCAUCCCCAAAACAUUCCCGAUUCGCCCCUGGCCAACUCGGGGCCCCUCUGCUGUACCAUUUGCCACGAACGCUUGGAGGACACGCAUUUCGUUCAGUGCCCCUCUGUCCCCAGCCACAAAUUCUGCUUCCCUUGCUCUAGGGAGAGCAUCAAAGCCCAAGGGGCCACCGGGGAGGUCUACUGCCCCAGCGGGGAGAAAUGCCCCCUCGUGGGGUCGAAUGUACCGUGGGCCUUCAUGCAGGGUGAAAUCGCGACUAUCCUUGCUGGGGAUGUGAAAGUGAAAAAGGAGAGAGACCCUUGAACGUGGGGAGACGCCUCCUUUGCCCCAGACCAGCCUCCUCCUCUCCCAUUCAGAGGGC